AUAUCAUAAUUUACAGAUCACAGUCAAAAUUCCAAUUUCCCGGCCUUUUCCUCGUCUUUGAGCUAGGGUUUUUAUUGGCUCUACACUGCUGUCUGGCGCGCUCUCCCUAGGGUUUCACGAUCUGCAAUGUGAUUCGGUUCUGUGUUUCUCAGCCAUGCCACGUUACUAUUGUGAUUAUUGCGACACUUAUUUGACGCACGACUCUCCAUCAGUUAGAAAACAACAUAAUGCAGGUUACAAGCACAAGGCAAAUGUUAGAAUUUACUAUCAGCAAUUUGAGGAGCAACAGACCCAGAGCUUAAUUGAUCAGAGGAUCAAGGAACAUCUUGGCCAAGCGGCAACUUUCCAGCAGGUUGGAGCUUCUUUUAAUCAACAUCUAAUGGCUCAGAGGCCUCGACUUCCCAUUCUUCCAACACCUGUUAUGCAACCAUUGAUCCCAAGAAUGAGGCUCCCUGUUCUUCCAAGACCAGCUCCAGGUGCUCCUGGUUAUGUUCCUGUUCCAGGAAUGCUGUUACCACCAAUGGUGGCACCACCUGGUGCUCCUUUGCCUGGUCAAAUAAAUGGCCUUCCACGGCCUCCUACACUGGCUCCACCAACAAAAAAUCCUGGAACUGCAACAACACCCACUUCUUCUAACGGACCACCCUCCAUUGUUGUGCCUUCACAAGUGACGGGUCCGGCAACCCAAACAAGUGGAGGAUUUGACAAUGCCAAUGCCAAUUCACAACCUUCUGGAGCUAAUAAUUAAUCUAGUUCUGCCAAGACCAGCUCCAGGUGCUCCUGGUUAUGUUCCUGUUCCAGGAAUGCUGUUGCCACCAAUGGUGGCACCACCUGGUGCUGCUUUGCCUGGUCAAGUAAAUGGCCUUCCACGGCCUCCUACACUGGCUCCACCAACAACAAAUCCUGGAACUGCAACAACACCCACUUCUUCUAACGGACCACCCUCCAUUGUUGUGCCUUCACAUGUGACGGGUCUUGCAACCCAAACAAGUGGAGGAUUUGACAAUGCCAAUGCCAAUGCCAAUUCACAACCUUCUGGAGCUAAUAAUUAAUCUAGUUCUGCCAAGAUCAGCUCCAGGUGCUCCUGGUUAUGUUCCUGUUCCAGGAAUGCUGUUCCUGGAACUGCAACAACACCCACUUCUUCUGACGGACCACCCUCCAUUGUUGUGCCUUCAAAUGUGACGGGUCCUGCAACCCCAACAAGUGGAGGAUUUGACAAUGCCAAUGCCAAUUCACAACCUUCUGGAGCUAAUAAUUAAUCUAGUUAAACUCUCAUGCUCUGCCUAUUAGUAAUAGUUUAACUAAGCCCAUGCAUGCUAUUGAACAUGAGUUUUUUUUGGAAGGGGAGCUUGUCUGUUAGACUUGUAGCAUAUGGAAUAUCUAAUAAUUUGAUAAAAUAAUAAUAUUAUGGGUCAUUCUGUAUCAUACUAUCAUGUUUGUUUUUAUUUUCUUUAUAUUAUUGCACUAUUCUCAUAAUGAGGGAUCCUACCUUGUAGCUUUGUAACUAGACUUAAUGAAUGGAAUAUUUCAUGUCUUUGGU